AGGAGAUGUAAUGACUUCUUGAAAAUAACGUGUGUGUUGACUGAAGUUUGUCCUCAGACUAAUGCAGCUUUUGGCAAACAGGGUUUUAGCAAGGUUUAUGGUGGAUUUUUUUCUGAAGGCARAUGUUGCCUGAAUAGACCGAACAUAUUUAAAAUUCCACCAAACUUGGGAUGUCUGAAUGUUGAUGAGAAGUACAGGCUCUGGGCAUUGCAGAUACCAGCUAAUCAGAAGCUAAACAUGUGUGACCAGGGAAAGAAGUUUUUGAACAGACAAACUUUUGAAAAAGAAAUAAAUGUACAUCACAAAGCCAAGCAGAAAGAUGGUACCAUUGUCGCUCAGACAAAGUAUAAAAAAAAAGAUAUUGGAGAAGAGGUGGUCAAGGCAGGGUUUACUGAAAAAUGCAUGUCUCCAGGAAACACGAAGUGUGGAAAAGUAGCUGUCACAMAAAUCCAGCACUGGGAGACAGAAGUUUCUAUUCUGCAGUGGGUAAACAAGUCUAAUCAAGCACUGUACAAUACCCCAAGAGGAUGCUCUGACUGAGUAUCUGCCAGCUCAGGGAAUCAGAAUUUUAUGAGAAAUCAUAUAUUUGGCUCAAAGAAAGAGGUGGUGCUAAGUUGGCAGAUACAGCUGUUGUCAGAAAUCUUUUUAAAGAGACUUGUCCUGCAGUUGCUACGGUUGCCAUGGCAACAGGCUGCUGAGGAAAAUGCUUGUGGGUGGAAAAAGGGUACUUGGCAUUCGGGAAGGAUGGUGGCUUCUACCUCAGUGCCAGGCACCAGACAGGCACAAAUAAGACCAGAUCAGAAACUGUCCAAAGACAAAAGCAUUCUCAAAAGGGAGAGCACACAUCUUUUGCAGAGGCAGAAGGAACUAGAACUSAAGGUUCRAGAGCUGAAAUGUAAACUUYGGAAAGAAAAUGAAGCAUCUGAGAAAAGUGCUGAAAGCUUUGAACAAACCCUACAUACUUGUAUURAAAUAAAAGCAAAAAGGUUGGCUGUUAGGGUGAAAACAUUGAAAAAAGCUAGACACACAAAUAAGAACAAUUGUUUUGGGGAACAAGCUGUGAAAGUGGUUAUAGAAGUUUUUCUCACUGCUGCAUUCCUUGAAAAAAUGCAGAAGACUUGGACAGAGCAUGACUCAGCUCAAAAGAGGAUUCAGUUAUGCAGAAAUGUGGAAGAAAGAGAUGAAUUGAUUAUCAAGUGAGAUGAGGUGCAGCAGAACUUGUAUUCAGCAGCAUCAGAAUUAAUUUUGGAAGUGGAUCAACCUCCACUCUUUGAGCACCCAAGGACAUUACAAGAGAUGACAGCUUCUCUGGAGAUGAGGUAUGGUCAAGAUUCUGAAGCAGAUGACUCGGAGGAGUUUCAACAGUUUUUUGAGUGGAAGAGUGUUAAAACAAAGAAAUUAACUCAUGUCAGAAAUAAUAUGGACACAACUUUGCAAAUUCUUGCUGACUGGUUCAGUGACAUCUUGAAAUGUUAUAACUUGAUGCCAGAAAUGUCUUCUGUUUCAGAGGAACUGGUUCAUGGUGGGGUACAGGAGCAAGAUGAAGCACAGAAGGGAGUAAUUGUGGGUUCUUACAAUAAAGUUAUAUAUAAAAUUCACCAAGAGCAAAGUAUGAUCACUGUCAUACAGAACAGAUACUUAGGAGUGUUGAGUUUGAACAAGGCAGAGGAAUGGCUGGAUAGAAGAAAUGUUACUAACUACUUAUUAUCUGUUAAGAAAGCUGUGAAAAYCUUGAAGGCCCAGCUAAGGAGCAAACUGAUUAAAAAGAGCAACUUUGGGAAAGUAGAAAAAUGUUAUARUGAUGAUAAAGUUAAAUCUCUUUUCCUGCAUUUGUUCUGCUGUAACAGUCGGAUGCCUGAGCAGGUGUUGAGGAAUGAUUGCUUCCUCACAGUUGAUGCGAUUCCAGUUUCACUGCAACCAGGUGAAGAGUAUGAGCCACAUGAAAAAUAUAAYUCUGAGAAAACAGAUGGGGAAAAAGUGAUUAACUGAGGAGAAUGAAGCAAACCCCACUCAACAGAUGAGCAAUUUUCCAUCAGGUGUUUCUUUAA